GUCGGUGUGAUUGAUUGACAUGACUCCUUACCAAAGAGAUAAUUGUAUGUAUGACUCUCCUGCACUCUGGUGUUGUUCGCUUUCUUUGUCGGCUCGGCUGUUUCGUCCGACCCGGACCCCCCUCCAGGACUUCUGCAUCGCUAAUCUCACCAUGGACUUGACCUUCGGAACAGUCCAACUCUUCCCGGGGCUGGGCCUGUCCAUUGGCAGGCUCGACUUCGCACUGGGUGGGAUCAUCGUUCCGCACACCCAUCCCCGAGCUUCGGAGCUUGUCUACGUCGAAGAAGGCGGCGCCCACGCCGCUAUCAUCACCUCGGACAGCCGGCUGUAUGCCAGAGUGAUCACCAAGGGCGAAGGCAUGAGGGUCUCAUCCACUGGCAGAUGAGCGUGGGGAAGACCAACGCCAAAGUCAUCGUCACGCUCAUCUCCCACCUCCCUGGACUCUAGUUCGUUGCUCAGUCCAUGUUUGGAUCCGGAAUUCCAGACGAAGUGCUUGAGAAGACGUUCUUCCACACCAUUUCUCAGGUGAAAUGUGUUCGCUUGAAAAUCCGCAAGUCUGCGUGUAAAGUUUAAACUCGUUGUAUAAUGGUUGAGUA